CGCCCGCCGCUACUCUGACAUCAAGAACCCCACGUCCAGAAUAGACCUCAGGCAAGAGCUCCAGAACUUGAUGAGCAACAGGGAAGUCGACAAAUGGCUCGGCGACAAGUUCGAGGAGAAAGAAGAGAUAGACUACCAAGGUAUGUUCGCUCACGAUGUGCCCCUACAGAGGUCACUGUCGCUCGACGGAGGUAUGGAUAUCUUCAAACAUCUCCAGGCUAUAGGGUCCAAAUGGUCGAUAAGUAGUGAUGGAUCGGUCUGGACCGUACACUCCGAAGAGCGACUCUUCUUCGAGCAGUACAAGAGUCUGGAGGAUAUCCCAGCUUCUCAGAUUAGAAUGAAAAGCAGACGCGCAUCCUCGGAGGUCGAUAGCGUGACGGCCGGCAGGUGCCAAGCGCUAAUGGUGUUAAGAGAUAGCUAUAAAGGCGUGGACGCAGGCGGGUCGCAAAUAAAGAAAUUGCAAAGAUGCUACACGGUUUCUGGUUCGUUCGAAACUUUCAAGGAGGCUAUGAAGAAAUCCGGAGAGAGUUUAUCGGGCAGCGUGUCGCCGCUCGGUAGGAUCGCGAGCGGUUCCAAAGUCCAUGGCGGGGUCAGCCCCCAACGGCCUCUACGGAGGAGUUUUUCACUAAGGGACGCGGCGGAACAUUUUGAGGUACAAUAUGCACUAAACGAUGACGACGGUGACUACCUCGAGAUUAGGGUGCCGUCCUACAGAAACAUAUCGAUAGAGACGAAGGGACUAAACAGGGAUGUAGAACACGCGAGUACGCGGCAGAGAAAGGUCGGCGUGUUCGACUCCUCGUUCCAAGGGAUCAAGAGAGAACCCAGUUUGAGAAAAGAGGUUAUGAUAAAGAAUGUAGAAUGCACAAGCUGCGAGAAUGUAUCGAUACAACGAGGCCUGAUUUCGCGCAGCGGUUCGUCCUCCAAAAUCGAUAUGGCAGAGAGAACUCGGAUAGUUUUGAGAAGAAACGUUUCCUCGCGAAGCAUCAAGCAAACGUUUUCGUCCGGCGGGCCAGGCGUGAGGGAUAUAAUGGUGCCUAAAAUCGUCAUAUCGGACGUCGAUACUCCUAUACACGGCGGUGUUGCCAAAAUAAUGAACGUGAUACCCACGAACACUUCCAAUUCGGUAGAAAUAAGUAGAAUUUGUGAUUGUCAGAUUUGUAUGGACGAUGCUGUGGUUAAAAAAUGUUUCGUGCGUAGAAUGUUCGGCAAAUUGUUGGUUAAGAUCAUUACUUGUAGGGAUUAUGGUAGGAAAUUGACGUAUUGGGACGAGAAUAAUAAUUUUAACGAGAACGAAAUGUACAAGUGUAUUAUGAAUAUAUUGAAGUUAAUGCUUGGUCUGUGGUUGCGACAUUUAGAUCACAAUUAGUUAUGCACGUUUUGAUAGAUUAGUAUAACGCAGAAUGAAGGUACAUACAGUCUAGCGAUGGUAUUUGUACGGUUACUGGGCGAGAAAGCCACGGUAACCACUUCAGUAACUUUAUAACAUCAGUGUUACUCAAGUGAGCAAGAAUCUUGACCGGACAAGAAAGGCUUGGUAACCACCCGAGCAACUGCACCGUCAACGUUACUCAAGUGAGCAAAACCAUACGCAAUGACGUCACUGUAUGCAUCUUUAUACUGUCAAUAGGUUAUGUUGGAAUAGGUCUCGAUGCGAUAGUUUGGAGAUAUUUAGACCAGUUCGCGGCGAGCGUUGCGCCGUAUCCGGAACAUUAGUGAAUUAUUUGAGUGCUAUUUUUUAAAUUAUAGUUGACUGUCACUUUUUGUACCUUGCGCCCUAAGUAGACAUUUUAGUUCCAUAUGAAAAAAAAAGUAAAUACACUGUUAUAUAUUUGAAACGAAGCUGGGUGAAAGCAAGUCGGUGGAUAAAGUGAGAAAGAGAAAUGAAAGUGUGAAAGUAUUAGAGAAAAUUUUGAGUAUGAAAUUUUUUCCUUUGGAACUAAAAUGUCGCUGUAGGGUUGUUUCCUCGUGUAUAUGUUUGUGUGUUUGUUCAUAACGAUUUCACCUCACUCUUUAUGUCAAUUUCCUAUACUCUUACUACUUAAUACGAUAAUUAUUAAAAUUUACACCUUCACAAAAAGUGCUCGAAAAAAGUCGAAACUACAAUCAUCGUGAAUAAACGAUUUUAAAAACAUUUUAUAUAAAUGACAUCGGAUUUAUGUUUGAUACGUUUAUAUUGUCAAUACUCAGAGAGUAAUCAAAUAAAUUAAUUAAAAUUUUAUCGAUAUCCUUCAAAGCGAGUGCCAUUUAAAAACAUUCAAUAGAAAAAAUGUUUACCAAAAUGAAAUUACGCAAUAUAAAAUGGCCAAUUUUCGUUUUUAACAAGGCCUAAUUCCAAUGAUUUUUAUCAAAAUGACUUAUCGAUGUUUUAAAAGCUUUAUUCUAAAAGUAUUUACGUUACCAAAUACUACUUAACACUUUAAUUAUUGCACUUGGACAAUAAUAUCAGAAACACCUUGACAAAUCGAUUUAGAAUAUACGAAA